AUGGCUACCUCUUCAGAAAUCGCCACAACUGAGAGUGCAACAAACUAUCUCAACGCAACAAACCAUCAGAGUAACCUUUGUGUCACUGUCUCACACGGAUUCGUAGUAUUUCUCAUUAUUGCUUAUACAGUAAUAUGUAUAAGCGGAUUCAUUCUCAACAGCCUAGCGUUUUGGGUGUACUUCUGUCACAUCCCCAGCAGCAAUUCCAUUAUAGUCUAUUUAAAAAAUCUGGUCAUAGCCGAUUCCCUCCUGGUCCUUUCGCUUCCAAUAAAAAUCCUCAAAGACAGUGAAGCCAUUCCCACUGAAAUCCUGAACAACAUUUACUGCAAUUUUGUGGCAUGCAUCUUCUAUUUGAACAUAUAUUCCAGUAUUUGUUUUCUUGGAUAUAUUGCAGCAAUCAGGUACCUAAAAAUCGUCAGGCCACUCAAAGUACAUGCAUUUCAAAAUCUGAAGACUGCCAAAUGCCUUUCCUUGGGAACGUGGGGUGUUCUCAUCUUCGUCGGAAUCCUUUUCACGCUUCUGGUAAAUAUGGAAAAGCAAUCACUGCCAGCGAACUCUCGCAUUUGCAUAAAAGCCGGUCAGGGUCGGGAAACUAUAUACGCGUUUUCUCACGUUGCUGCCCUGAUCACGUUUGUGUGUGUGUUAGUCGCACUGUGUUUCUUCUAUGUUCAAAUUUCAUUGCAACUCCACCGACCUCCUUCUACACAGUCACUGAUCAAGCAGACCAAGGCAAAGAACAACAUUCUCAUUUUGCUCGUGGUGUUUAUGGUCUGCUUUGUGCCCUACCACAUUGUCAGGUUUCCGUACAUUUUGAGUCAGACCAACUUUAUUGAAGACUGCUACUGGAAGACGAUUUUGUACUACGCUAAGGAGUCUUCCCUCUUGCUGUCAACCCUUAACUCGUGCUUUGAUCCAGUGAUCUACUUUCUGUUUUGCAAAGCAUUCAGAUCAAAGCUGGGCCUGGAUAAAAAUGCAGAGGACAUAGAGCUCUAUGAAGUUUCAGGCCCUGCUAACAAUUCAAAUAUUGCACUCAAUCACUCCCCUCAUUGUCAUGUCAACAGUAAGAGGACCAAAUUUUAA